AUGCAUUCUCUGCUUCCGACAGAUAGGCCACCUCGAAGUCACGCAGUGACGGAGUCAUUAUCUGAUCUGUGUGCCCGCGUGGAAGCCUUAGAAGGAAAGGCCCCUAAUGUGAUUGAAUCUAAUAACACCGAAUCAACGCUAUUGGAAACGGUUACUCAGUUAAAAAUGGAACUGAAUGCCCGAGACCAGGACCAGCUGCUUAACGACAUUGAGAUUUCUAGCGUACCAGAAGAGAACGGGGAAAAUACUAUACACAUAGUAACUACCUUAGGGCAGAAGCUUGGAGUCACGCUGUCGGAGCACGAUAUCAUCGAUGCAACUCGCGUGGGUCGUGCUUCGCAGUUGAACGAGGGUGUCCAGGGCCUGUCGUCCCGCCCGCGGCUGCUGGUGGUGCGGCUGGCGCGCCGCGCCGUGCGCGACCGGCUGCUGCAGGCGGCGCGAGUACGUCGCGGGGCGACCACGGAGGGUACCGGCCUGCCUGGGCCUAACAGCCGCUUUUACAUCAACGAGCGGCUCACCGUUAUCAAUCGACGUCUAUUUCAGAAAACGAGGCAGCUCAAGGAGCAGCUUGGCUGGCGAUAUGCAUGGACCCGCGACGGAAAGAUCUACGUACGCCAGCGUCCUGGCGCGGAGUCACCACGACAUCGUAUAAGAUCAGAACUGGAUUUAGAGCGUGUUUUUGGUAUCCAUGUUGUUUGCUAA